AUGGUUACUGCCUCUGACGAUUUGGAGUCAAAUAAUAAAAGAUAUAAAAAAGAUAUACAUGGAAAAGAAGAAGAAUCUAAAAAUGGAUUUCAUAAAACGGUAAUAGCUAUAAUUAUUAUACGUAAAUGGAUUUCAAGAACUAUUAAAAAAAAAAAAAGUAAAACUAUUAAUGGUAAAGUAUUUGAAAAAGAAGAGGCUAUUCUUAUUGGCAAUAUUUUUAAGAAUGAUGUUAUAAAGAAUGAAUCAUUAUUAUCACAAUUGUAUGGAACAUUAAUUAGUAGUAAAAAAAAUUUUCCACAAAGAUUAGUUGAUACUUUUUCUUUAUUAACAAUAUCAACAACAAGUACUUUUUAUUAUUAUUGGACAUUUAUAGUUACAUUAGCAAUAGGUUACAAUUUAAUUUUUAUAUGUGUACUUAUUUUUCGUGAAGCUUAUGAAAAUUAUUUUAACGAAUGGUUAUUAAUUAAUAAUAUAACUGAUGUCAUUUAUAUUAUUGAUAUAUUUUUUCAUUGUAGAAAAGAAUUUUUAAAAGAUGGAAUAUUGACAAAGGAUGGAUAUGAAAUGUUAACAAGGUACUUAAAAAGUAAAAUAUUUAUACUUGAUGUUAUUUCCGUCCUUCCAACUGAUUUUAUUGUCAAGUACCAUUAUUUGUUUGCUUUUGCCAGAAUUAACACACUUACAAGGGUAUAUAGAAUAAGUGACUUCAUCAAUAUGACAGACACAAGAACUAACUGGCCACAUCUUUUUAGAGUAGUAAAACUUAUGAGCAUAUGUUUUAUUAUUUUCCAUUGGAAUGGAUGUUUUUAUUUCCUUAUAUCAAUUGCCUAUAAUUAUAAUAAUGCAACCAUUGAUGAUUGGGUAUAUUCAUUUGAUAAGAUUGCUGAUCCAAUUAUCCCAACUUGUGAUGCACGAUUUCCUGAAAUAGAUAAUUGUUUCAUGAAUGAAAGUAAUUUAAUGGCAUAUAAUAGAAAAGAUCAUAUAGAUAAAUUAGAAGUAUUUUGGCAAAAUAAAACAAAAAUUAUACAUUUUGUUACAUUAGGUGAACAGGCUUGGCCUAAUAAUACUUUUCAAAUGUGUUUUGAGAUACUUGAUACAUUAGUAGGACUUUGUGUUUUUGCUGCAAUUGUUGGUGAUGUUGGUAAUAUGAUUUCAUCAAUGAAUGAACAAAAAUCAAGAUUUGAGGAAAAAUUAGAUGGUUGUAAACAAUAUAUGAGAUAUAGAAAUGUUGAAAAACAUUUAAUUAAAAAAAUUACUGAAUGGUUUCAUUUUACAUGGAGAUCAAACAUCGCUAAAGUUGAUGAAGAAUCGAUUAUGGAAUUUUUACCAAGUCGUUUAUAUGGACAAUUAGCUAUUCAUAAUCAUAUGAAAAUUAUAUCACAAGUUAAAUUAUUUCAAGAUUGUGAAAGUGGUAUUUUAUAUGAAAUUAUUUUACGUCUUAAACCAAGAACAUUUUCACCACAAGAUUAUGUUUGUAAAAAAGGUGAUGUUGGAAAUGAAAUGUAUAUAAUAGAAAAUGGAAGUCUUGAAGUUGUUUCAGAAGAUGGAAAUACAGUAUAUGUAACAUUACAAAAAGGAGCUGUAUUUGGAGAAUUGGCAUUAUUAAAUAUUCCUGGAAGUAAAAAUGGAAAUAAAAGAACAGCAUCUAUUCGAAGUAAAGGAUAUAGUCAAUUGUAUGGCUUAUCAAAAGAUGAUUUAUGGGAAUGUAUAAAUGAAUUUCCACAUGCAAAAAAAAUUUUAAUAGAAAAAGGAAAAGAAAUAUUAAGAAAGGACAAUUUAUUAGAUGAGAGUGUAGAAGCAAAUUUAUUUGAUGAAUGUAGAAAUGUUGAAGAUAUUUACCAUGCUGUUGACUAUUAUGUUAAAAAUUUAGAAGAAAAAUUAGAUAACAUUAUUAGUGUAUAUAAGAAUGGAACUAGAGACUUAAAACAAAAAUUAACAAUGUUAGAAAGAAAUUUUAAAAAUAAUAAAAGAAAAAUUAAAUUGGAUUAUGAAAGGAGGAAGAAUCAAAUUUAA